CGAGGGUGAGCAGACCCUGAGCCGUCUUUUCGAUCGCGUUCCCACCUUGUCUGGUGCUUGUCUCUGACCAUGUCCUACUACACGCCGAGUCGUGCGCAUUCGCAUCGCAGUCACAGCCGCUCGCAUUCACACUCGUAUCCAGCGUCCCCAUACUAUGACCCCAACAUGAACAAUGGCUACCAGCAACAAUACCAGACUCCGGGCACUCCCUACUACCCCGGCACGCAGCCCUCAAUGGGUGUCCCCAUGCCCCAGCCGACCGUCUACCAGAACGGAUACGGGGGAGUCGCGCAGACGCAGCCGACCAUGGUCUACACGCCUUCCUCGCACCGUAGCCAUAGCCGCAGGCAUGGUCGACGCCACUCCAGCCGUCACCACCGUCACCAUUCAGAACCGGUGGUGAUGAACGUCCCUACUGGUGGUGUGUCCCCCACGAUCAUCACAACGGGUUCACACCGCUCGCGACGCUCCCACUCGCGGCACGGCAGGCACCACUCUAACAUCCAGGUUAUCCAGCCGCAGGCGCAGUAUGGUGGUACCCAGCAGUACUAUCGCAAGGAUUCGUUCGGGGAGCGGCUCAAGCGAUUCUUCGGCUUCGGGCACCCGCCUGGGGUGAAGCACGAGUCAAAGAACAGCUCCUGGGGAUUCCUGGGUCACUCCAAGCGGCGCCGCUACAUCGAUCUCAACACGGGUAUGGAGGUCGACAGGCGCGGCCGCCCCAUCAUGCGCGUGUAAAGUCCUCGAAGGGGGACUCGAAGCAAAAAGGGAGCCAUCACGCUAUGGCAGCGAUGGAUCGGGCAGGGUCGGUUGGGGCGUACGGUGCCACCUGAUGCAUUCGGGUCGCCGCUGGGGAAUUGUGUGCGUGCGUUCGUCGAUCUUCGUCGUCGCAUGUUGUACUAUAUACGCUGCUUUGCCUGUUGUACUUACUUACCUUGGGAUGUUAGAGACAGCUCGCAUCCCACUGCACGAUGUAGAUAUGGCCAUCGGACUUGUGUGUGGUUACUUGUCUUAUUCUAGCUGGAAGAUCCCUUUUAUGUACCUGACGUAGCUCACGUUCCGAAUAUACCUUCACGAUGUUCACGUUC